AUGAAUUUGAGGAAGGCAAGGAUUAUGAGGAAGAGGAAUGGUGUAGUAAUGGCAAAAAAUGAAAGGGAAAGGCCACUGCCGCAGUCAGGAGCUUCUUCUGAUAAGGCUAAACCAAAUGGUAAAGAAAUUCCAGACAAUUGGUUUCUUUCUAAAGGACUUGGAAAGAUCACAGCAGAAAAGGCAGAAAAAGAGCCAAUCCUCAUUGAAUCCCCUGAUGAAAACAAGGAGACCAGCAACCUCCAAACUCUGCUGCGACAAAAACUUGGUGUGGUUGUGGAAUCACAUUGGCACCAAUGCACAGCAGAAAAUUCAACUAAUUCAGACUACAGACCUCUAUCAAAGUCCUUGUCAGCUGUCAUUACAAAGUCCCACUGCUCUGAUGAUGAAAUUAUUGAGGUAGUACUCUUAUCACAGAAUGCAGAUUCCCACAAUACUGGUGCAAGGCUAGAGAGAUCAGUCCUCCGGGAGAAUAAAGUUGCUAAUUAUCAGAAUGAGAUUCUAACCUUGAUUCUUUUUGAGGAUACGGAUGCUACUCUCAGUAACAAUCCUGUCCUUCCUAAGAGUUUGGACAGGUUAGAGUUAAAUUUUGCUGUACCAUCACUGAAGGAGCUAUUUGGACUUGUCCGAGUGCUUUGGUGCCAAGGCCAAUCUCCUAGGGAAGAAGAGGAGAUUGUCAAAUCUUUGAUUUUGAUGGCAGAAAACCAUAGGGUGGUGGAAGUAUUAGUUCAGGAAGACAAGAUAAAUGACAAUAAAACAGAAAAUACAUAUGUGAAGGAUGGUGAAGCUGACACUAUCGAGGCAAAGAAGGAAGCUGUAUUGAGAUUGCACUCAACUCAGGAUGAUGGUGAAUGUGCACAAAUUGGGGAAUGCUUCAGUGAGAGGAUUUCUGUAGUCUCGAGGGAAAUAUUUGUUGGUAUUAAUGGUGAUACCUAA